AUGUCGUCGUCUGACGAUAGCGACAGCGACAGCGACGAUAGCUCGCUCAGCUACUCGGAUUCCGACUCGUCAUCUGACGAUGAUGAAGAAACCAGCGGAAUCACUGGGGAGCAGGAAUCUCAGUACAAUGACAUCGACGGACUGGUCCCCGCUGAUUCCGAAAUGGGUGAAAUUGGAACCUGCGUCUUUCAAGAUGGGGCCGACGGUGGCAGUGAUAGACGGCUCUAUGGCGGUGUUGAUCUGGGCUCCGAUAGCGUACACAGCUACGGUGGAGGUAUUCGAGGUGCCAUCAUGGCCCUUCAAGAACCCGCCGAGAGUCAUCACGAGGACGAUUUAUCAACCUCUCCGCCAGCUAUCGGAGCAACAUGUGAAGAUGGUACAGUGACGACACAAAAGUUGGGUUUGCGAUCGACGACAGAGGAAAUUGCCGAGCAGAAAAUACAGUUUCUUGAACGACGGGUCAAAAGAGACAUGUCACUCUACCACCAACCUCUCGUACAAGUACAACACAUGAACCUCAACUACGGCACCAUCACGCGUCAGAAUAACCAGGAGCCGCAAGAAGAGUUGAUUUGGUGUUUCGAAUGCUGCUGCGCUUGCGUCCCAGCGAGAGUAUCCCCAUCACCCAGAUACACAUCCUUGCCCGGUCCUUCAUUUAUUCGGGUCUUCAUACUUCAUCCUGGAGGAGGAGAUAGCACUCUUUCCGGCAGCCUGGAGGCAUUGAACUUAAACGAUGCCAAAUCACACUACGAAGCGAUAUCAUAUCGAUGGGGCCCUCCUAAACCGCGAAAGGCAAUGCUGCUGUCCGGUAGAAUGGUCUACAUCAGCCGCAGUCUCCAUUCCAUGCUUCUUGAUCUGAGACAUCGCCACAGAGACAGGAUACUCUGGGCAGACGCUCUAUGCAUCAACCAGGCGGACUAUUCCGAGCGCAAACAGCAAGUGUCAAUGAUGCAGCGGAUCUACACACGGGCAUCGAGGGUGAUCAUCUAUCUCAAAGGGGAAAAUGAUCAUGUGCAGGACUGCUUUUCGGUUGUCCAGGAUCUCACAUCUGCCUGGUUGACCUUUCAGAAGAGUGAAGUUGCCAUUUACAAUGGCCAUGUGUCCCCCGAAAGCAUCUACGAUGGUGUCAUCAGCAGCUUCAAAAUGGGAAGAAUAGCAGAGAUUUUCAAGAAUUGCUACUGGACCCGCCUAUGGAUGGUCCAGGAAGUGGUUUCAGCUCGCACUGCGGUUGUCCAGUGGAACGGCCAGCUGCUGUCUUGGACUCUACUCGGACUUGCCACCACUCUGAUUAGGAACAACGCGAGCUUGUGGAAGAUGUUCACUUCGGCAAUGUUAUCGCGGAGGGCCAAGACUGGAUUCAUGAAUGCGUAUCUCAUGUACCGGCUACCUUCUGCCGGGUUCCGUACCGACUCCUUAUCGUUCUUAGACCUCCUCCGUCUGACGAGGAACUUUGACGUCACAAUGCCCCUUGAUCGCGUCUAUGCCACGCUCGGCAUCCCAAGCCAACAGACGGGCCCCGGACGCAAGUUUGUCACUCCCGACUACCGUCUCUUACUUGAAGGGCUAUACACGCGCGUCUUCCACUGGGUUACGACUACUCAUGAGAUACCUCUGGAAAUCUUGUCUGCUGUCCGACAUACGGACAAGUCCAUUCCCAACUUUCCGACGUGGAUCCCCCAAUGGCAUGUUGAGCCCAUCCGGAGUAUCGGGUCAUCUCACAGGAAGGGUAUGAAAUUUGACGCUUCCGCAGGGUGGUCUGGCAAGCCAUUACUGGAAGUCUCUUGGAGGCUCGAUGGGCGCAGCCUGACAUUGGAGGGCUUUGUUCUCGGAACAAUCAUAGCAUCAAAGCCGGUCCUCCCUCCGAUACUGUCAAAAGCGGCUAGGGUACCCGCCAACUACACAUCCGAUCAUCGCCAGGCGCUAGCGACCUGGACAGCCCAGCACUUUCCAGACAACAAAUAUGUUCGGUCAAGGCUCAGCCUCACACUUACCGCUGGCCAGGACUGGUAUGGUGCCAUCCUCAGGCAACAGGAUGCUUUAAGCAAGCACCAGGCGUCAUUUGAAAGCUGGAUACAGCAGUAUUCUCCGUCGCAAGGAAACCAGAUCGCAGCCGGAGAUGUAAAGCAAUACGAUCAGGCUGUGGAGAGUGUAUGCCGCGGAAGGAAAUUGUUCGCCGCCACGGGAUGUCAGAUGGGCCUGGGCCCUGAAUGCCUGGCAUCUGGUGACGUGGUCUGUGUGAUUCUAGGAGGCCCGGUCCCAUACGUUCUGCGGCCUUGCCGAGGUGGGAGAUAUCAGUUUGUGGGCGAGUGCUAUGUGCCUGGCUACAUGGCUGGAGAGGCGGUAGCAGAGUGGACGACACCUAGUUCCACGGCUUUGAACCCGCGCCGGUUUGUACUUCUUUGA